AUGGAGGUCCUGGAUGACGUCAGCACAGAGUCAGUCGACGAAAACGAAGAAGCCUUAAAGAAAGUUCUGGUCCAACAAGGUGAUGAAGAGCGCUUCUCUCUUCUCGGCUCAGGUUUAGUCGAGGAGGAAGAAAAAGAGUUGGAAGCAUUCUUGCAAGCAAACAUAGAUGUCUGUUCAAACCGUCAAGAAGUGGGGGCAGGAGUGGUGUUGGUAUCACCAAAUGGGCGAAUCUUAGAGCAGUUUAUUCAUUUGGGGUUCAAAGUCUCAACUAAUAAAGCAGAAUAUGAAGCGCUAAUCACAGGAUUAAAGUUAGCAGAAGCAAUGGAAGCCGAUGAGGUGGUAGUCUUUUGUGACUCCCAACUUAUUGUGAACCAGGAAACAGGAGAGUAUACAGCCCGAGAUGAGAGAAUGAUAACCUAUGUCAAAGAGAUUGUUAGACUGCUAGCCUUGUUUCAGGAUUGCCGACUACAGCAG